AUGUCGGGAUCUUCGUCACGAGCGACAAAGGUCAAGAGAAGAAGUGUCUACAAGAGCUCUCUGAUCUCCUCAGCGAGGUUCUACAUCGAACGAGGCUCUCAGUCUGUGGAGGCGAAAGAAACAGAAAACCAGACCAACGGGACAAGCAGAGAAGGCAAGGACAAAGAUCUUGAUGCUGACAUCGAUAUUGAAGCCGGUAUUCUCGCCGAACUUGACUCUUUACGACCCCAAUCAUCAACCACCAACGGAGCCUCAACCUCAUCCUCAUCCUCAUUUUCACAGAAACUAUCCUUAGUAAUACUAGACAUUCCAUGUGUCUCAUUCGUCCGAUUCCCGUCAAACCCCACCAUUCCUCUCGACCCAGUCGAAACCGUCCGCAACAUCUGUCUUUCUGCCUCACAAAGGGACUCUUCUGGCCCACGAAGCCGAUACAUCAAACGUCUUACCCCCGUAUCCCUGAUACGAAAAACAUUAAGCAACGGCCUUGAGGUUCUCUGUGACAAAGUCCUCCCUCCACAUUUUCUGGUUGACGCCGAGACCGACACGACCAUCUCCGACUCCAAUUCUAGCGCACCUACCUCAGGACCGGAAUCUGCUGAUCAGCAAGGAGAAGCAUCGUCUAAGCCUAAAGGCUUCAGCUACAAAUUUGCCAUCCGCCCCACAAUCCGCAGCCACAACCAGCUUGACCGAGAUCAAAUUAUUCGCGUGGUCGCAGAUCGAAUCACAAGCCUCGGCCGGGGCAAACACCGCGUUGAUCUGAAAAGGUACGAGAAAUUGGUUCUUGUCGAUGUAUUUAAGAAUGUGGUUGGGAUGAGUGUGGUGGGAAGCGAGUUUGAGGUGUUGAAGAGGUUUAAUUUGGCGGAGAUAUAUGCAAGUCAUUUCGAGAAGUAA